CUGUCACCCUGUUCCCGCCCCAGGCGGCCGUUCUCGCUCGCUGAUUGGUCGCCUAGCCCGUCCGUCUCGCAGGCAAUGUGUCAGUAGGAGCCGGCCGGGCAGGGAUGCUUAGAUGUGGUGUCAGCCGGAGAAGCGGCCACUGACUGACUGUACCUACCUGCAGACACCAGUAUCAAUUGUCCGCCCGCCACCAUGGAACUUCUGGGCACCACAAUGACUUCAACAUACGCUCGACCCAGACCCACACCGACCAAUUUCCUCCCAGCCAUAUCCACGAUGGCUUCGAGCUACAAGAACCGGUUUCCUCACUACACUUUAAGCCAUAGCCUGACUCUGCCAUGGAGACCCAGCACAUACUACAAGGUGGCAUCUGCCACACCAAAUCUAGCCCCACUCUCCAAGAGUGCCCCAGGCCUUAACCCAGCACAGAUUGUCUCCUUCCCUGCCAACAGAACAGCACUUUUCACCAGGUACAGCCCCGAUGACUGGCACAAGUCCAACCUACAGAAUUAUAGGGAAUCAGAGUCAUCUAGACGCAGUGCCGAAAGGUUACGUAUUGACACCAACCGCCUGAUCCAAGAGAAAGACCAGAAGACGAGAAAAAUCCAGACCAACACCAGUAAAGACUUGGGGGAACGAGUCAAUGACAUUUCCUUCUGGAAAUCCGAGAUCAAUCAUGAAAUUGACCAGAUGAUCGGAGAAACCAAUGCACUCUCUGAAGUCAAGAGGCGGCUCGAAAGGGCACUGGCCGAAACCGAAGGUCCUCUACAGGUAGCUCAGGAAUGCUUGUAUCACCGGGAGAAGAGAAUGUCCAUAGACCUUGUGCACGAUGAUGUGGAAAAGCAGCUGCUUCAGGAAGUUGACACCAUCAAGUCCUGCCAGGAGAGGAUGAGAAGACAUCUAGAGAAGACGGCAGCACAGUUGGCUUCUAACCGAGCGGCUCAGCAUGAGCUGGAGAGAGACAUCAGCGACAAACAGGCGGCGUAUCGCAUCGACGACAAGUGCCACAACCUCAGGAAUACCUCAGACGGAAUUGGCUACUUCAGAGGAGUGGAACGCAUAGACGCAACGAUCUCGGUUCCUGAGACAUGGGCCAAGUUCAGUGAUGACAACAUCUUGAGAUCUCAGAGUGAACGAGUGGCAUCUGCCAAGCUCAGGGAAGACGUAGAGAGUCUGCUCAACGCUACCUCCAACGAGAUAUGGAACCAGUUCAACCUUGUGAAUGUUGCCUUCACCAACAGGAUCUCAGACACCGCUGACGCCAAGAACAAACUCCAGAGCCACCUAGCAAAGACUCUCCAAGAAAUUUUCCAGACCGAAAUGGCCAUCGAAUCCAUCAAAAAGGCAAUCAAGGACAAAAUGGCUCCCAUGAAAGUAGCUCAGACUCGGCUUGAUGAACGCACCAGACGCCCCAAUGUGGAACUGUGCCGUGAUAUUGUCCAACUACGUCUUGUCCAAGAAGUCCAUGAAAUUGACGGCACCAUUCAGCUCCUACAGCAGCGUCUCAGAGACGCGGAGGACACCUUACAGAUGCUGAUCCACACCAAGUCCAACCUGGAGCACGACCUGUCCAUCAAGGCCAACUCUCUGUUCAUCGAUCAGGAGAAGUGUAUGGGGAUGAGGAAGAGCUUCCCCAGCACCCCGCGACUGGUCGGCUACACAUAGACAGGCACCAGGGCACCUGCACUACAAGGAACAGUAAUGUAAUGACUAUUGUCGCUCACUUGGUGUGUGUUGGUUUAACAGUGUGCUGUUUAUUACACGCAAGGCCGUGUAAUGUGGUUGUUGUAAAGGAAAUAAAGUAUGUCUAUUGUUUUACA